AGACCAAAUUAUUAUAUUUAAUCGAGGUUGAGAACCAAUAAGCCAAAAAUGGAGGGUCAACUUUCGCAAAUACGGAUAAAGUCAGGGGCACGAAGUGAAAUUAAGACCAACUAAUCCCCGCACAUAAUAUAAUCAGAUUAAGGCGGGAGAUUAAUUGAAAUUUGAUUAGCCUUCUUGUUUCCGUACUGUCUUCCACAAAGGCACAAACCAAAGAUUGGGCACUCCAUUAAGCCUCCAUUAAACCUCUCUUCUUUAGCUCUCUUUCUCAUCCACUCUCUCGCAGAGGAAAAAAUAACAACUCAGUCUGCACAGAAAAAGAGGAGGGGAGACCAAAGCGCCAUUCCGCGCUACCCAACACUCUCUCUAGUUCCUUCUUUCCUCCCUCUUCUUCCUCAGAGUAUCUAUCUGGCAGCGACGGUUCUUCUUCUCUCAAACAGAUUUCGCCAUCGGAAUUCUCCCUAAUCCCAUGGCGGAUCUGUACGGUGCAGCUCCAUCCCCUCCUUCCGCCGCCCCGCCUCCGCCCACCGAGACAGAGGAAAUCUCGUCUUUCCUCCACCAGUUCCUCCACAACACUUCCUCCGCUUCCUCCCCCAAAUUCAUGUUCCACCACCCUCACUUCUCAUCUCCGCCGCCGCCAAAUCAGCACCACUUCCCACCUCCACCGGACGCCGCCCUGCCGCUGGAGUUCCUGGAUCGCCACCACCGCUCCAACUCCGGCGUCAAUUUCUCCGAUCCCAGUCUCUACUUCGGCAGAGAUCCCCGCGGCGUCGAGGACGCUGCCGCCGCCGACGCGGCGGCGGGAUCGAAGCGGGGAUGCGCGACCGUGGAGAACGAUCUCGGGUCCGGCGAUUUCAGCUGCGACAGUGGGGGCGGAGAAGGGUCAGAGAUGCCUACGGAGACAGGAGGAAAGCCUCGAGGCUCGUCCAAGAGGAGCAGAGCAGCAGAAGUUCACAAUUUAUCUGAAAAGAGGAGGAGAAGCAGGAUCAACGAGAAAAUGAAAGCUCUACAGAACCUGAUACCAAAUUCUAACAAGACGGAUAAGGCAUCUAUGCUGGAUGAAGCCAUUGAAUACUUGAAGCAGCUUCAGCUCCAAGUCCAGAUGUUGACAUUGAGGAAUGGAUUAAGUUUACAUCCAAUGUGCUUACCUGGACUACUUCAGCCAAUGCAACUGCCUCUAUCAGGAUUAAGUUUCGAAGAAGGAAAUGGACUAAUGAAUACCACUACAUUAACGGGUACCUUCUCUGCAAAUGAAGAAACCUCUGCUGCUCAACCUGGUCUUAAUCUUCCUAACCAGUGUACAGUAUCGAAUCAGCCACCUUCCGGAACAAACAGCAUUCCCUCUUCUUCUGAGAACCCUUUUGCUUUCGAGCAGCCGUACCAUGUUCUUUAUGGGUCUCUUAAUCUAACCUCAUCAUCUCCAAAGGAAAUCUGCAGGGAAGGUACAUCAGCAGCAGCAGGAGCAUCACAAGUAGAUACUACAAACCAAGCUUUGAAUACCUCUUGAUCGGGGGUUUCAUAAGUGACCCCUUUUGAUUAACACCAGCGGCAGGAUCGCCUACCAACAGUUAACCUCCUUCCUCGGUUUCUCUCUUACGCUGAAUACCAUAGAAGCUGCUGCAACUUUAGUACUGAAAGUGAAAACUGCUGCUGUUGUUAUAACGUUGUUAUAACUGUUGCUGACGAAUGACACUUUUUGCCUUUUGAUGAUGUUGUUAUAACGUUGUAACAGGGUAUCACAAAUUUGUGACAGACAAGGACAGCCCUUUGGUUAACUUCAAUAGAAAUGCUGCUAUGUUUCCUCUUCUUCAAUGACAAAAAAGCCAGGAAUUCUUCCAAGAUUAAUGAAAGGGUUAGCUAAAUUGCAUAAAAAAUGAAGUGUCGGUGUGGCAAAGUAGAGCAAUUAUUUGUAGGAGGGAAGGAAGCUUGAGUAAAAGUCUGUCAGUGAUGGGAGGAGUGACGUUCACUGAAAAUUAAAUCAUUUCUUCGGCUUAAAAAACCCGAGAAAAGGCUUUCCUGAAACUGAAAUGGAAGCUUUAUGUUAAUUUAUUUUGAUAAUGUUGACUCGUAUUGUUCAAAAACCAUGAAGAUAUUACAGAUAUAUUGACGGUUACAGUUUGCAAGAACUAGAGGGAUACCCAAACUCUGAAGUUUUCUCUAACCACAUCUAUGCAACUAGCAGACGCAGUUGUUUUUGCAGAGGGUAUUUACUAUUUUCAUAAAAAUUUAAGUGAUUUUUUGAAAAGUAAUUUUCUUGAAUUUUGACUGUUACAGAUGAUGGAUCAUGUCUUAGACUAUUUUUCAUCAAUGAUUAAGUUUAUUAAAUACUGAUUUGGUCGGAUUUUUUUCGUGACCAUUUUUGGCAGAUUUCAAAAUGGUGUACUAUUAAAGAUUUCAUGCAAUUUUUUCAAAAGGUCAUUUUCCAUGAAUUUUGAAAGCUACAGAUCAUGGAUUCGGCUUGUGGCUAUUUUUCACCGAUGAUUAAGUCUAUUAAGCAUAGACUUGGGCGGAUUUUUUCGAUCCCAUUUUUGGCAGAUACCAAAGGGGUACCAUCAAGAUUUCAGGUGAUUUUUUUGAAAAGUAAUUUUCCUUGAAUUUUGAAGGCUACAGCCUACAGAUCACGAAUUCAGAAUGAGACUAUUUUUUUACCGAUGAUUAAGUCUAUUAAACAUCAAAUUAGGUGGAUUUUUUUCGGGGCCAUUUUUGGCAGAUUUCAAAUGGGUACUAUCACAAAUUUCAGACAAUUUUUCGAAAAACAAUUUUCCUUGGAUUUUGAAGGCUGCAGGUCACGGAUUCAACCUGAUGCUAUUGUUCUUUAAUGAUUAAGCCUACUAAUCGCCGAUUUGGGCGUAUGUUUUUUGGAGGGCAUUUUUAUAAUUUUUUGGCCGAUUUUUUGAAAACCCAUUGAUUUUGAAGGCAACAAAUCAUGGAUUCGGCGUGAGACUAUUAUCCAACGAUGAUAAAGUCUAUUAAGCAUCAAUUUUGGCUAUUUUUUCAAGGGCAGUUUUGGGAGAUUCAUUAAUGGUACCAUCACAUAUUUCAGGCGAUUUUUUGAAAGCCAAUUUUUAGGAUUUUGAAGGCUAAAGAUCACAUAUUCGUCAUGUGGCUAUUCCUUACCAAUGAUUAAUUCUAUUAAAAACUGAUUUGGGUGAAUUUUUUCCGGGGUUAUUUUUGGUAGAUUCUCAAAAGGGUACCAUCACAGAUUUUUUACGAUUUUUUUGAAAAGAUAUUUGCCUUGCAUUUUGAAGGAUACAAAUCACGGAUUCGGAUUGAGACUAUUUUUAACCGAUGAUUAAGUCUAUCGAUUUUGGCAGAAUUUUCCGUGGACAUUUUUUUGCAGAUUUCAAAGGGUUACAAGUACAUAUUUCAUGCUUUUAUUUAGGAUUUGGCGUGAUGCUAUUUUUCAUCAAUGAUAAAUUCUAUUAAUCGGU